CCCGACCCGAACCGACCUACCAUUACCAAUCAAAUCGAAAUGAAACAAAAACAAAAGUGCUGUUGUGUAAUUAAAGACAUCUACUUUGUUUUUGUAGGAGUAUUUGAAGAAUCAUAAUAUCAUGACAGAGAAGGAGGCCAAGCCUGGAGAUGGGAUUAAGUCUUUGAAAACAAGUUCAGUCUUUAGGGUUGUUAACUUUGAAUUGUACGCUACACCAAACCGAGUGGUGAUGGGGCUCGGGUUGUUGGCUCUAGCUGGAUGUGUUAGUUACAUAGGCUACAUGAGGCACAAGUACGCGGGUAUGGGCUACUACCCAGCCAUCGACAAUGAGGGCAAAGAGGUUUACAAGCUCAAACAAUCUAAAUGGGAUUAGCUUGUAAACUAAUCAACCUGUAUAGUGUUAUCUGUAAAUAUGUAUAGCAAAUAAAAACAAUUUGGUUUAAAUACUGACA